GGGGGGAGUACCUGAUUCCAGUCUCGCCCGCUGUGGGCUUAGAGGAAAAGGGAACAUUUCUCUCUCUACUGGUACGAAGGCAGCAAACAGCCAAUGUGCCUCAACUAUAGGAACUAUACAACGACUGCCCUGCUGGGGGCUCUGGCUCUGCUUACUUCUACCAUGACAUAGCCUGCUCUUCUCCCAGAGAGACUAACCCAGGGAACAGACAUGCACGGUGGGCACUACCAGGGAUCUAUGCCGCCGUCAGGUCCUGUUCACCAGUGAUUUACCACGGAGGAACCAUGGUGAGCAAGGCGGAGGGAGAUAACAACAUGCUCAUCAACUCCGAGUCGGACUCAGAGGUGGCGCCCACCCCCUCACCUUCCGCCUCGCUGGCCCUGGAGGUCAAAUAUUCCUUCCUGGACACCAGCAGCAGGUCACAGCAGCAGGUACGGAAGAGAAACAAGGCCCUCCAGGUGAGAUUCAAGGACAUCUGUGAGGCGCAGAACGAGCAGAGAGAGGCCGCUCUACAGAUGGCCGGGAAGGGGGGCAAGCCAGGCUCCUACAAGGUGGCGUACCGCAAGUACAUGACAGUGCCCGCUCGGCGCUCCAUCCCCAACGUCACCAGGAGCACAGGGGUCCAGACCUCCCCGGAUCUCAGGGGCCGUUACAAGACCUUUCCCAUGGAGAGGAAGAAGGGCCACAGCCACACCAAGCAUGUGGAGAGAGACAAGGGCCACAACAAUGGGUUUGCCAUCGACGUCAAGCACUCCAGAGCUGUGGAGCGUUUAGGGGACAGGGGAGCCUGCGUUGGAGGAGGAGUAGUACAGAGAACCAGAGCUGUGGAGCGUUUAGGGGACAGGGGAGCCUGCGUUGGAGGAGGAGUAGUACAGAGAACCAGAGCUGUGGAGCGUUUAGGGGACAGGGGAGCCUGCGUUGGAGGAGGAGUAGUACAGAGAACCAGAGCCUUGUUGCAUACUACAGAGUGCAGGGCUACGGAGGAGAAGCACUGUACAGACGAUGUCCUCUACUCUGACUGUCUGAUGCUCACAGAUGGCACCUCUCCCUCCAACACGCCCGACUCCAACCCACAGGCCACCGACUACCAGAUCUGCAGCGUGGAACCAAGCCCCCUGGAAGGACUAGAACACAGGGAACUGGACUCCUCGGACCGUCCAGCCAGUAAACGGCUGCUGCUCCACUCGGAGGAGCCAGGCUCUAGCAGGACUCUGCCGGGGGACAUGAGAGGGUCUUCCUCAGCCGCCAAGGUGACCGGCCCCAUCUCCUGGAACUCUCUGACCCAGGUGGAGUGUCUGGAGAGCCCGACAGCACGGAGCAAACGAAUGGAGGGACUGGAGCUCAAUGGACUACAAUCUCAGACUCUCCCGCGGGCCGCUGGCUGCACUACUCAGGCACAGUGUCAUGAACCGGCAGCGUUGUCAUCACAGACCUUCUCGCCACAGACGCUGUCGGCCAGGACCACGGGGGAGGCGCUGGGCUGUAGGAGUAGCGGGGUCCAACCAGCGACCGUCGCGACUGCGGGGGGAGUUGACCCCGGGGGGGCCUGUAAGCAGAUAGUACCAGUACUGACUCAGAAAGGGGAGGGAGGAGGGGACGUGAAAUCACAGCUUCAGGCCAUGGAGAACCUGAUCUCCUCCAGCCAGCAGACAAUCAAGGUCCUACUGGGAGUUAUACAGGAGCUGGAGAAGGGAGAGGCCCACAGAGAGGGCCUCUCCUAUCGAACCGGACAGGACACGGCCAACUGUGACACGUGUCGGAACAGCGCAUGCAUAAUUUACAGUGUGGAGCUGGACUUCAAACAGCAGGAAGACAAGCUGCAUCCCCUGAUGAAGAGGCUGUGUCCCUUAGAGGACCCCCACUUCUCUCUGCCUUACCCCCCUGAGGCCUUCACCUCCACCCCUAAACGCAAGGCCAAGGCCGACUCCAAGAAGCACGCCCGAUGGAAACUCUGGUUCCUCUGAGACACAGCAGGAAUUAAUAUCACAAAAAAAAAAAAUGUCGUCGUCUUCGGUCAGACAGAGCAACAAGUUGACGGGAUGAGGGACGAGCGUCGGAGUGACGUUGCCUGUUGGAUUUACGGAAGACAAAGGCCCGAACUCCGAUUUAUCCCAUCUAUCGAUUUAUUCAUCUUUGGGGAUUUCGGAUCACAACCAACAACCAGAAUCCCAAUGAAAGGCAUUGCAAUGGCCUGGUAACCUCAGUCUAUCUAGAACUGGUGAGCCCUUCUAAUGAUGACAAUAGUGGAUAUUAUUGAACUGGGAUUUUUUUGGUUUUGGAAAGAGCGGCAGGAUCUGUUUAAAAGAAAAACAUGACAUAUGGACCCCCCCCCCCCACCCCCACAGAGAGAAUUUGAAUAUUUAGUCACUGUUUUCCGCCCCCCCCAAAAUGAUCUAAUUUCCCGAAGCAGAGGAUUAAAUUACACCAUGGCAACUUAUUUACAGAUGAACAAGGUGACAAGCUGAAAUAGGAUUUAUUCCACCCUCACAUUUACAUCUAUUUAUUGUGUAGCUCUACCGGAGUCUAUGGGAGUUUGAGUUCAAUGAAAUUAUUUAUCGGUUCGUUCAGCGACAACCGUCUCUCUCCCCUCGAGACUGAGUCUUUAAUGUGUUGUAUAUUGUAUCUCUUUGACAUUGCUGGAGGUAUGGAGAGAGAUAGUGGACAGUUCUCAAGCAUGACGUUCCUUUCUCCUCUGACAACUACAUCAACGGCAUAUCAGCAUAUCGGCUAAAGCACAAGGUACUUAACAACUAUGUUCAGGAAGACAUUUCUCCACAGUGACUCAAAAAACAAAGACUAUUUUGACAAUUAAUCAUCAUGAAUAAUGUAUUAAGGAUUGUCUAACAACAAAGGAGAGAAUGAAGACGAUGUCACGGAUCAGAACAACUGAAACGGACCCAGGACGAUGAGUCUCGAAGGAGAUGGGAAUGUAACUGCCAGAAUAAAGGAAACACUUGGAGUCCACAGGGAACGUGUUGUCACUGAAUGGUUUUUCCACCACCGUCAACAAAACACCAAAUGAUGGAAUUUCUCAUCACAUCCCUGGAAGAGAGUUUUGGACCCUUGUAGUAUCUCUACCAAGGUGGAUUGAAGCUAUUCUGGCUGCUGGUGGUCCAACACCCAAUUAAGACACUUUAAAGUUGGUGUUUCCUUUAUUUUGGCAGUUACAUGUCUCUUCGCAUAAAUUGACUUGAAAUUAAAUGAUGACUACAAAAAAUUACUUUUUUUUUUAUAUAAACAUUUGCAAAGUUUGGAGGCAUCUCAAUGUACUUUUCUUUUCUACACAGGGAUCUAUGAAGUUAUAUCCGAGUUGGUUUUGUUGUGUUCCCAAAACACUGCUGUGAAAGGGAAUGUCCAGACCUAAUGGAAAAAUACAACACAAAGAACCUGAAUGCAUUCACUACGUUCUACUGCUGAUCUUCUAUUCGUUU